CACGCACGCAGCUCGCUCCCACUGCUCCCUGCCCACACAUCGGCGUGCACGAGGGCGCGGGGCCUGCGUCCGGGCUGCAGGAUGCGGCUGCUCCUGGAGGCGGCGGUUCUGUGCCUGAUCCUGUGCCUGGGCCACAGCACCGAGGAAACCACGCAGGAGAACACCGCCCAAACCUCCUACACAGAGUCCUACUUUCCGGAGUGGGGCAUUGGGGCCAUCCGGGACAGCUUUGAGACGGUUAACAGCUACUUUGACUCCUUCUUGGAACUGCUCGGGGGGAAAAAUGGCAUUUGCCAAUACAGGUGUCGAUACGGGAAGGCUCCGAUGCCACGACCUCACUACAAGCCCCAAGAACCAAAUGGCUGCAGCUCCUAUUUUCUGGGGCUCAAGGUACCCCAAAGUCUAGAUUUGGGUAUCCCUGCCAUGACCAAGUGCUGCAACCAGCUGGACAUUUGUUAUGACACCUGUGGAGCCAACAAAUACCGCUGCGAUGCCAAGUUCCGCUGGUGCCUCCAUUCCAUCUGCUCUGAUCUCAAGCGCAGCCUUGGCUUUGUCUCCAAGGUGGAAGCCUGUGAGUCCGUCGCAGACACCGUGUUCAAUGCUGUCUGGACCCUGGGCUGCCGGCCCUUCAUGAACAGCCAGCGGAGCGCCUGCAUUUGCAGCGAGGAAGAGCGAGACGAGCUAUGAAGCAGAGCAGACCCCCUGGCCUUCACGAGCUGCUGCCAAUGCUCCCUCUCGCACACGGCGCUUCUUCUCAGUGACUUCCAGCAGCCCUCUGGCCAAGCAUGGCACACAGGGACCUUGGCCAAGCAACACACAUUGGCUGCAGCUUUGGAGCAGAAGGCAGCAAAAGGGGAGGCAGCCUGUGCAAGUAGGGCAGAAAUGCCUGCUGUCCUCCGCAGCUGCAGUUACACUGCCCUAUCCCUUUCCAGCUCUAUCAGAAUGAUCUGAUGCCAAUUUUCUCUGCAGACUGAUCUGGAAAGGCAAGCAGGACUCAGUGCUGGUUAUAAACAAGGGGCUUUACUUGUUUGUUUGCCACUCUGCUAGUAUCCCCUGCCCCUUAACUUUCUCAUAUGCAGUGUGAAGCAUUAGGCCUCUGCAGCCUCUGACAAUCUCAGCCUGUGGCCACACUGUUUAUGUUCUUCCAUCUCUGGAGACUGAAGGGGAGGAGUGAUUUGCUCUCAGUGUGAUGCUCACAUGCACCCCUCACAUUUUCUAUUCUAUCAUUACACACUCUGACUACUCUGCUAAUUUAAUACUUGAUGAAACAAUGUAAAACACCCAGGGGUUUGGCAACAUGAGAAGGACUCGGCGUGUUUGUGAUACUGGUGUGUUUCAUACCUGGGCAGAAGAGGACCAAAGCCCAUCUCAGAUGUGCAGAGCACUAAUCCACAGCUACUCUUACACACCUACAGCACUCUUACACAUUCUCAGGAGAGGAAGCUGCAUUUUUUUUUUCAGUGACUCCCAGACUGUAUCUGUUUAAUUAUUUUCUUCCUGUAUCUUCUAGCAAGCUUUUCUUUCUGGAUCCCUGUUAACACUAAAUGGCUGAGUACCCAUCUCCAUCUUUCACACAAAGGACACACAAGGCUCACAGUUGCCUUGGAUGAGAUUUUCCAAAGCCCGGAGGCUUAUCUGUUAGAUGGCAGGGCUUACUUGGAUCUUAUCUUGGUGGGUGCAGAGACGCUGCCAGCUGAGAGCAAUCAGUCGUCUCAGAAGGCAUUCUUUAAAACAUGGUUAAUACUUCCAUCUGCUAUUGGGAGCUUUUAUUAUGUUUAAAAUGAGAAUUUAAGAUGGUAUGCAGAAUUUCAUCAGCAUGUAACAUUUGCAGACAUUUUUCAACUGUUUUUCUUGCUGAAAGGAAGUUGCUAUUGGGUGUGCAUGCCACGACAUGAAAAUUCUUCAGUUUCCUGCAAACAUAUUUAUGGCUAUGUUCUUCCAGCUGUCACAGGAAAGUUAAGGCUACAGAAGGUACAACAAGAAUAACAAGAAUAGAAAGUCCGUUUUCAUUACCUUUCUUCUAGUUUGUGUUUAAAUGGGUGUGUGGAGCUAUAAAUUAUUUAAGCCCUGUAUUCCUAUUCUUGCUAGUCAUCUUUGCUUUAUAGUGAACAGCAAUGAGAAUCAUCUAGUCCCAAAUAGCCUGCAACAACAAGAGCCGUCCAAGGUACAAAAACAGGGAAUUGGAAGUGAUAGUAUAAGGUGCACUGAGAUGUCUUCCAUAGAGGAGGACCUUCAUUCAUAGUUGCAAUGUCAAUUGCAAUGACAUCCUUUCCUGGCUGUGCUAAUGCCAGUGGAGAGUGAAUACUGCACUGCCAAGUUUCACUGCAGCAUAUGUCUAUCAGAGCACGAGGCUGGACACGCUCAUAUGCCAUCUAAGAAACACAUUCCUUUGGCUAGGGAUGGGAAGGAAACAUUUCUCAUUCCGAACACUUCCCAAAUGUUGCAUUUCAUUGGUGAAAUCAUGCCUGUUGCCAGUUCUAAAUGUUAGCACACUCUUAUGAUUAAAUGACACAAUUUAAAUAA